GAGCAGCAUGCUUCCUAACCCCACAACUCCAGAGGACAGAUCAAUGUGAAUUCUCUCAUUCACCACUCACUGCAGCGCACUUCCCCAUAGCAACCUUUGAAUGGCUCGAGUAAUAGUCGGUGCUUGGCUUCUGCUGGUGCUCCUCUGCUGCUUAGCCAAUGCCCAGGGCUGGAGGAAUUGGUUUUGGAAAGGUUCAGAAGAAACCACGCUGUCUCCCACAAAAGCUGCCGAGGCUGAAGAUGAGACAAGGCAGGACCUUUCCACACCUGCAGCUACCGCAAGCCCAAAUGCCCCCUUUGAAAGUACUACUGAUCCUGAGCCCAGGGGGAAAGCGGGGACCAUAUUUACCCUGAAGCAACCAGACUUUACUUCAACCGUGCCAGUCCCUGCAGCAGCAUCUGCCUCUCAGGAAAAAGGCAGAGAAAGAAAUAUUACAGGAGUGGGAGUGGAGAUCCUCAGCGUGGCUGAAGGCAUUCAGAAUUUGGUUCAGCUUUUGGAUGAAAGGACAACCAACAGGACGGAGAGGACCGAGGUACUUGCCACAACUGGGACCAGCGCAUCACCUGCCCCUGUUACAGAACCAGAGAGCAUCCAGAACGUUACGGCUAACUUAACGGGUGACAUACAGACAUCCCUGAAAACGAAGAAGCCAGAGGGGGCAACGAAGCUUGCUCGUCUGUGGAGCAAAGACUUGGCUCUUCUGUGGAACAAGACACACGCCUUCCCGAAGAAACCUGGGAAGCCACGGCAAGAAAAUUUCAGCAGAGAAGUUGGUCUCUUAGAGUUGAUUGGAGAUCCUCCACCAGACGAGAUAACCAAAAUCUAUGGCCCAGACAAAAGUCCUGCUUAUGUGUUUAGACCGGAUGCCAACGCUGGACAAGUGGCACGGUACCACCUCCCAAGCCCCUUUUACAGAGACUUCUCACUCUUGUUCUACAUUCAAUCCACUUCAGACAACGCAGGGGUGCUUUUUGCUCUUACGGAUGCCUCCCAGUCAAUCAUCUACGUUGGUGUGAAGCUUUCGGAGGUGAAAGAUGGAAAACAGCAAAUCCUCUUCUACUAUACGGAGCCUGGCUCUCAAAAUUCCAACAUUGUAGCCACAUUUACCGUCCCUUCCCUGGUCAAUCUGUGGACUCGCUUUGCCCUCAGCGUGCGGGAUUACAAUGUGGUGCUUUAUAUGGACUGUGAAGAAUUUAAGACGGUUCAUCUUGAGAGGUCAUCUGGUAAGAUAGAGCUGGAAGAAGGAGCAGGACUAUUUGUGGGACAAGCUGGAGGUGCAGAUCCUGAUAAAUACCAGGGCAUCAUUGUAGAAUUAAAAAUAAAAGAUAAUCCUUGGGCUGCUGGUUACCAGUGUGUUGAAGAAGAUGAUGACUGUGAUACGUGUGGUGGUAGUGGAAGUGGAUUAGACAUAAAACCAUCUUCCGAAAAGGAAAGCGUGAUUCCUCUGUUGUCAAAACUUCCAGUGCCUCCACCUGUUACUUCCCCUGCCAUUGCCAAAAAACCUGUGCCGUUAGAGGAGACUGAAUAUACUGAGAGGCCAACAUAUGUUCCUGCAAGUGGAACCAAAGGUGAAAAGGGAGACGCUGGAGAGAAAGGGGACCGUGGCCCCAAGGGAGAUCCGGGGACUGGGGUUUUGUCAACCAAUGGUGAUAAAGGAGAAAAGGGAAGUGCAGGCUUUGGCUAUCCUGGCUCUAAAGGACAGAAAGGUGAGCCUGGUACUCCAGGGCUUCCAGGUCCACUUGGGCCCCCAGGACCUCCCGGAACCAUUAUGAGGCACUCUGAUGGCUCUACUGUUGAGCAACCAGGAGCCAUGGGCCCACCAGGACUUCCAGGAAAAGAUGGUCAACCUGGAAAGGAUGGAGAGCCUGGGGACCCUGGUGAAGAUGGCAAACCAGGUGAUGUUGGUCCCCAAGGUUUCCCUGGGACUCCGGGUGAGCCUGGCCUGAAAGGCGAAAAGGGAGAACCAAGUGUUGGUGCUAGAGGUCCUCCUGGCCCCCCAGGCCCACCUGGGAAACCUGGAUUGAGUUCCAGAGUGGAUAAAUUGACAUUUAUUGAUAUGGAGGGCUCUGGUUUUGGAAGUGACUUGGAGUCUUCACGAGGUCCCAGAGGGCCACCUGGGCCUCCAGGCCCUCCUGGUGUACCUGGUUUACCAGGACAACCUGGAAGAUUUGGGACAAAUGGCACUGACUUUCCAGGCCUCCCAGGCCUCCCAGGAGUUCCAGGGAGAAAUGGCAACUCAGGAAUCCCAGGACCUCCGGGCCCACUUGGGCCUCCAGGAAAAGAUGGCAUCCCUGGUCAAACUGGAGAAAAAGGAGCACCGGGUGAAUCAGGUGAAAUGGGCUUUACAGGAGCACCUGGACCAAAGGGCAACCAAGGAGUGCCAGGAGUGCCAGGAAUACCAGGUGAACCUGGUCUCGCAGGGCUUCCUGGGCCAAUGGGACCCCGUGGAUUGCCUGGCCCCCCUGGGCCAGGCAUUGCAGCAGAAUUUGUCGACAUGGAAGGCUCAGGAUUUCCAUUAGUCUCUGGUGGUCCUGGAACUCGUGGGCCAGAAGGUCCUCCGGGGCUUCCAGGACUUCCAGGACUCCCAGGGCCUCCAGGACCCAAGGGAGAUGAGGGCAUCAUUGGUCUCCCAGGGUUGCCAGGUGAAAAGGGAGAUCCUGGCUUGCCGGGAUUAGAUGGUCGCCCUGGAUUAGAAGGUUUCCCAGGACCACAAGGACAAAAGGGUGAAGAAGGAAGCCCAGGGUCUAAAGGUGAAAAGGGUCAAGAUGGAAUAGGACUUCCUGGCCCUCCUGGCCCUCCAGGACAAGCUGUGUACCUGUCUAGUGAGGAUAAAACUGUGCCUGUUUUGCCAGGCCCAGAGGGACCCAGGGGACCAAAAGGUGACUCGGGAACUCCAGGCUAUCCUGGACUGAAGGGUGAAAAAGGAGAGCCAGGAGUUAUAACUAGGUUUGAUGGAACAAUCCUUGCAUCUGAAGCAAAAGGAGAAAAGGGUGAACCAGGCCCAAGCGGACUCAUGGGACCAGCAGGGCCACCUGGGCGAUAUGGACGGAAGGGAGAACUUGGCUUUCCUGGAAGACCUGGGCGGCCUGGUAUGAAUGGAUUGAAAGGAGAAAAAGGUGACCCAGCAGAUUUAAGCGGAGCACUGGGCUUAAGGGGUCCUCCUGGCCCCCCAGGGCCUCCAGGCCCCCCAGGCAGCCCUGUACCGGUUUAUGAGAAUAAUGCAUUUAGUGAUUUGGGCCCUCCAGGACCUCCAGGAUUGCCUGGCUACCAUGGUCAGAAGGGAGAAAAAGGUGAACAGGGUCUUCCAGGGCCGCCAGGCCAGUUUCCUUAUGACCUCAGCAGAUUCAGCUCCACCUUCAGGGGAGAAAGAGGGGACAAAGGUGAUCCUGGAAUGAAAGGCGAAAAGGGUGAAUCAGGUGGUGGAUCAAGUGCUGCUGGAGUUCCUGGUCCCCAAGGGUAUCCUGGUCUUCCGGGCCCCAAAGGUGAGAGCAUCAGGGGCCCACCUGGCCCUCCAGGCCCCCAAGGACCUCCAGGGGCAGGUUUUGAAGGACGUCCAGGGCCGCAAGGUCCUCCUGGCCCUCCGGGUCCUCCAGGGCCCCCUUCUUUCCCAGGUCCCCACAGGCAACAUAUCAGUAUUCCAGGACCCCCAGGGCCUCCAGGACCCCCAGGAUCUCCAGGCAUUAGUGACCCACCCUCUUUGGGGGUACGGAUUUUAGCAACCUACCAGAACCUGAUGAGCAGAGCUCAUGAGGUGCCUGAAGGGCAGCUCCUUUUCAUCCGAGAGAGAGAAGAGCUCUACAUCCGUGUCCACAAUGGCUUCAGAAAAAUCCUUAUGGAAGAAAGAAUAUCCAUUCCUAGCUCUGGACUGGACAAUGAAGUCUAUGAAAGGUCUUCCAGCAUCCACUACUCUCAUGGAGGGACAGCCUCCUCUGGAUCCCAUCGUCCAUUUCAGCCACACUUACCAGUACAUGCACGUCCGGAAUAUAGCGCUUAUUCUACAGCCAAGCCUUGGAGAGGUGACGAGAGUGUCGUCGACCCACACCACCUUCCUGAGCAACCUGCCGUCCACCCACCUCGCCAGGGAGCCCAGCAAGAAUCCUUGGACCAUUUCUUUCCCAACAACCGCCAGGCUGAGACUGCUCCUUUGGCAGUUCACACACAUCAAGACUUCCAGCCUGCUCUGCAUCUUAUAGCCCUGAACACUCCCCAGAGCGGCAGCAUGCGAGGCAUCCGAGGAGCUGAUUUCCAGUGUUUCCAGCAAGCUCGGCAGGUUGGACUGUCUGGCACUUUCCGAGCAUUCCUCUCCUCUCGGCUGCAAGACCUCUACAGCAUAGUGCGGAGAGCAGACAGGAGCACAGUGCCAAUUGUCAAUCUCAGGGAUGAAGUGUUGUUUAAUAACUGGGAGAACCUCUUCUCAGGCUCUGAAGCUCCAUUCAGAACUGGGGUUCGCAUCCUCUCCUUUGAUGGAAGGGAUGUCCUGAGAGACUCUGCAUGGCCGCAGAAGUACGUGUGGCACGGCUCCGAUUCCAAGGGACGGCGGCUAACAGAGAGCUACUGCGAGACGUGGCGGACGGAUGACACCGUGGUGACUGGCCAGGCUUCCUCGCUGGCAUCAGGCAAGCUGCUUGAACAGAAGAGCAACAGCUGCAGAAAUGCCUUUAUUGUCCUGUGCAUCGAAAACAGCUUCAUGACAUCUUCCAAGAAAUAGAACCCCUGAAUGUGCUGAUUGCGAGUGGAGGCGGGGAGUCCAAAUGUCCCCCUUUCUGCAAUGGGGAGCAGGCAAGAGAUUCCUUCCCCUACACCAUCAAUCAGAAUAAUGUGUCCAGCCACUUUCAUAAUAUAGCAUCCACCAAGCAGAUAAAUGAACAAGAAAGCCAAAGAGCGUCUUCUUAUGAGUCCAGCACAGAUCUGAUGCUGUGUUUUUUUGUUGUUCUCGUCUCCUCUUGAGCACCACUGCUGGAGGGGCUCAGACAGGGCAGGAUUUGUGUGCAAGGCAAGUCUCCAGGCAAAUGCAGCUCCCAAAAUGGUUCUGAUUCUCUCUCUCUCUCUCCUGCCCCUGUGUAAAAUUUCCUGUUUCCCAUAUCACCUCCCUUUCCCUCUUGCCUUUCUAAAUAGUCCACCCGUUCUUUAAAAGAGAAAACCAAGGUGGAGUGUGAUGUCAGAAGAUCUAUUUAUUUGCAUUGACUUAGUACAAGAAGUCUUCCCCAAACACGGGAAGUGCUGAGGAAAACGUUGCCUUUGGAAGCCCUGAUGGUGAGCAUGUUGAAUCCCAAUAACUUGGGUUCCAUCUGCUCUUCUAUGAGGGGCAUGGAGCUAAAGGAAACAUAGGAUCUUGCUGAAAAAUUCAGGACCAAAGUUGAGAGUUUUAUACCCCCACCCCAGGCAGGCUUUCCUGCACCUGCCCCACAUUAUCUCAAAAACUUUCUUUUUUAAAAAAAAAAUUGCCUUAGCAACUGCCAGCCGUCUCAGCUGCUUUUGCUUUUUAAAUUUCAGACACAGAAGGAAGUAAUAAUGCUCCCUUCAAAGGCUAUUUACAAUUCCUGAUACACAGUUUACUACAACAUCCUUUGCAAAAACAGGGUCAGAAGAAAGAGACAAAGAACACUUAGUCCUUAUUAGGCACCAUUCUUCCUUUAAUUGCUCAUUCCUUGUUCUUCAAAGAGGCAAAAGGGUUAAAAGGAACCACCUUAAAGGUAAUUUAGAUGUAGGAUUUUCCUUAGAGGGCUCUCCUGGAGGGGAGCACAAUCCGAGCAAAGUUGCCACACACAAAAAGAAUUUAUAUUUGUUCCUUUAUUGAGGAUUUUUGUUGUUGUUAAAGAUGUUUUUCUUCUCUGCCUUGCAGGGAAGUUGCCAAUUUUUUUUUAACCUCUGCCCAGCAUUUGCCAUACAAAUUGGGUUACAGAAAAAUAUGGAGAGCCCCAGAGUUCCCAUUAGUUAUCAGAGCCCUGCCAAUCUUGUUCCCUGGCCCUGCUGAUAGCAGCCACCUCUUGGAGAGAGAGUUUGUUCCAGGCCAAUCAUCCCAUUCACCUUCAAAUCUCAACUACAAAAUAACCAGGGAACACACAGCGGGGGCAAAAGCAGUUGCCAGGUAACAGUGGAUUAGACAAGAAAGCCAAAUGCACCCACAAGGAGCUGCCUUCAGCAUGUCACAUCGGGUUAAGUCAAAUCCUGACGAACCCCACCUCCAGCGCUAGUGCAGGCUUGGAGGUUCAAAUCAGUUAAAUGCUGUUUGCCACCCCUCUCAAACCAAAGUUAAAGGAGACCCACUCCUCUAGUCUUCCUCUGCUCCUAAUACUGGGACAGGAACCAUGCCUACACAUUCCAAAGCAUUAUUUCAAGGGGUGGAGACCUCUGGAGCACAGGCUGGGGUUGUGUCUUAAGUGCUUCCUUCCCCUAUAAAAGCAUGGCUGGAUUCCUGAUCCUGGCUUCAGCCUUUUCAAAAGCCAUCUUAAGGGCAAGUCACAGCAAAACAGCUUGGCAUCUCUCCUCUGCAUGUAGACUUAACCGCUAUGGAAAUGUCUCAUCCACAUCACCGGUCUUGCAUUUUGGUGUCCAAAACUCAAGCCAGGCUGAUGCUUGCUCCGUAUCCAUCCAUUUGAGUUGUUUUUUU